CAUAUUCAAUUCAACAAACAUAUAGAUGCACAAUUCAUCUCUCUUCACUCUCUGCCCUUUAAUUUCUCGCUCGUGAUCUCUGUCUCCUACCUGUAACAUGUAAUUAUGAAUCGUAAUUAGCAAAUCAAUUUUUAAAAGCCGUUUGCGAAAGGCAAUUAUUUUUAUGACCAAUCAGAUCCUUAGGCAGCCCUUGAAAAGUCUUUACAUAUAUAUAUAUAUAUAUAAAAUAUUAGAGUAAAAGCAAAUUGCACCCGGGUGCAAACCUAAAUGUACCAAAAAAGAAGAAACUUCUCUUUCUUUGUAUACACAUCAUAAUCAUAUACACAAUAACAACAAUUAUGGCUGCUCUUUCUCAGCUCUUAGCUCAUAUCUACACCAUGACUCUAGUCUUCUUCACCAUUCUCAUCCUCGAACUCGUAAUCUUCGUACGCUCCAUAACCGACACAAUCUCCGAUUCCGGCCGCGGCCGCCCCAUCACCACCAAGCAAUACCUCAAACUCAUCGACGAAAAAAACCCCGUCAGCCGGUUCAAAACCGCCUCAAUCAACCCGGCCGGUUUUUCCGAUACCUGUGCGGUUUGUUUAUCGGCAUUUGAAGACGGCGAACAAGUACGGAAGUUGAAAUGCAAGCAUAUUUUUCAUAAGGAUUGUUUGGACACGUGGCUCCAACAGGAUUCUGCCACGUGUCCGCUCUGCCGGAAUAAGGUGCUGCCGGAAGAAAUUGUGGUUAAAUUCCGGCAGCACCGUAACCAGCAGACGGAGUAUGAAGGAAGUGAUGAGGAGCUCAUUUUUUUGUUAUCUGCAUUACAUGGUAAUUAUAUUCGUAGAUUUUUGUAAAUUUUUUUUUUAAAAUUUUUGUACAUAAAAAGAUUUAGAAUAUUAGAAAAGGAAAAUAAUUAGUAAAAUAAUUGAGUGUGCUUCAUAUACUUGGGGCUUUCUGAUUGGUUAA